GGGCUGGCUGACACAUCAGACCGUCUGGGACGCAGGCUGAUGGCCUUGGACGGGGACAAUGACACACUGGAUAAGAACUGCACCGAGCCAGGUAGGUAGUGUUCCCUAACCCAUCCCAAACCAUUACCCUAACCCUCUAGCCUAAACCUGCACAGAGCCAGAUAAUGUCGCUAAACCUGCACUGAACCAGGCAGUGUAGUAGUGAACCCUCAUUUUGUCUAGAGCCAUGUUGUGCAUCUUAUACCUGCACAGAGCUAGGUGCUGCACUGUUCCCUAAACCUGAACAGCCAGCAAUCUACUGCAGCUUGGGAGGACUUCAUAGAAAAGCUCUUCAGAGUGUGUUAUACAAUAGCACAGCCCACAUGCGUCCUACAGCCUACACAUGCUCUGAGUCAGUCAGAAAAAGAACAGAUGGAGUGAGAUGGGAAAAGAUUGGUUGCCUUAGAUGUUUCACUAUAUCUACCACCACUAGCUCUCUAGUUAGUCUAUUUGUUCGUCAGAAGAGCCACAGUUUUUACUACUGUGGUUGUGGUGCAGAUGAGAUUUGCAAAUGAGGGCAUCCAGCUGAAUGACGAAUGAGAUGAGUUAGUGUUGGAGGCACAGGACAGAGCUGUAAAUCUCCACUAUAUAGGCGAGAGAGAGAGAGCAGAGGACUGAAGCCUGACAGAAAGCAAGCUCAAUUACUGUUCCAGUUCAGCAUGCAAACCCAAAACCAUUAUGUUCUGUUCCGCACAUAAUCAUUUCAAAAUUAUGAACGUAACAAAUGAUAAUAUCAUGGCAGAACUGACAGUGGUAUCAUGACAUUUUAAAUAAAGCUAUCUCUCUUUUUUAAUUGCUGUGUGUUUACAUUUGUUAUUUUUUUUAUCCUUCCCCUAUUGGAGCUGGUCUCAAUUUGAUCUUUUUUUUAGGGUAUAUUGAUUUAUCAUUGGUUUAUUUUUGACACACUUAUGUGUUCAUAUUGAUGUUAUAAUAAACACAACCUUCUGCAUCAGAACAGCCCUCAGAAUGGUACUGAUAGUCCCCUUCCUGACAGGACCAUUGAUGUGCUGAUAGUCCCCUUCCUGACAGGACCUUGGAUGUGCUAAUAGUUUUCUUCCUGACAGGACCUUGGAUGUGCUGUCUAAUAAUAGAAGAUUGUGCUAUUUUUAGACCACAAUACAGCAGUGAGCUGCUGUACGGUAUAGACUGACUGACUCUGACUGACUGACUCUGACUGACUGACUCUGACUGACUGACUGCUUCUCACACAUCAGAAAAAAGCAGGUACAAACACAAACCUUAGAAGACCAAGAAAACUACUGACGACACAGACAUUUUAUUACUCAGUUUAUUUGAAAGACUGAAGUUGUUCAAAUGGGAUACCAUGCUUCCUAAACCUUCCAGUCAUCAUUAACAAAAAAGCUAGUUGUAUUUUAGCUGCUCACAUCUGUUCACACUGCCUAGCCUGUGUUGACAUACACAUUGUCAUCCUUUGUGUUUAUUGAUAUCAAUCAAUCUCUAUCAGCUGGGCAGAUUUCUGGUGGUACAGUAGAGGAAUUGCAAACAUCAAGGCACAGCACCUAACCACUUAGUGCUGAAUUAACUUCAGAAUAGAGUAAAAAACAUCUGGCGGGUUCAGUUCGUGAAGUAGACAUUCAGAAGGCCUCAUACUGCAAUCAACCAAUCAAUCAAUUAAUCAAUCAAAUGUAUUUAUAAAGCCCUUUUUACAUCAGCAGAUGUCACAAAGUGCUUUUACAGAAACCCAGCCUAAAACCCCAAAGAGCAAGCAAUGCAGAUGUAGAAGCACGGUGGCUAGGGAAAACUCUCUAGAAAGGCAGGAACCUAGGAAGAAACCUAGAGAGGAACCAGGGGUGGCCAGUCCUCUUCUGGCUGUGCCUGGUGGAGAUUCUAAGAGUACAUGGCCAUUAAGGCCAGAUCGUUCUUUAAGAUGUUCAAACAUUCAUAGAUGACCAGCAGGGUCAAAUAAUAACCACAGUGGUUAUAGAGGGUGGAACAGGUCAGAACCUCAGGAGUAAAUGUCAGUUGGCUUUUCAUAACUGAGCAUUCAGAGGUCGAGACAGCUGGUGUGAGAGAGAGAGAGCUAGAGAGAGGAGAGCGAGAAAGAGAGAGAGAGAGAGAGAACAGCAGGUUGGUGCUGCAGUGGAUAGCUGCCGUCUUACGGGCUCCUGACCAAUUCUGCUAUUUUGUGUGUUUUUUUACACUGAUCAAAAAUUUUUUCUACAUAAUAUUUCCGCCAUAAUUUCCUAUGACCGAAAACAGCUUCUGUGGAUAUACUGCUCAUUCCGGACCAGGCCCUAAUCCCCGGGACUCGAAAGAGAAAGAGAUGGUGCAAGAGAGGCAAACGAGUGGGCUCCCUGACGAGACUACGUCCACGAGUAAAUAAUUUGCCUCUACCCUUCGUUCUACUGGCCAACAUACAAUCAAUCACUAGAGAACAAAGUGGACGAGCUCCGUUCGAGACUAUCCUAUCAAUGGCACCUGAAGAACUGUAAUAUCCUAUGUUUCUUGGAGUUGUGGCUGAACAAGGACAUGGAUAAUAUACAUCUAGAGGGUUUUUCUAUGCAUCGUCAAGACCGAAUGGCAGCUUCGGGUAAGGUUAAGGGGAGAGGUGUGUGUCUCUCUGUUAACAACAGCUGGUGCGCAAUCUCUAAUGUUAAGGAAGUCUCGAGGUACUAUUUACCAAGUUUUCAUCUAUAUUUUUCAUAGCUGUCUAUUUACUACCACAAACCGAUGCUGGCAGUCGGACCACACUCAAUGAGCUGCACAGGGCCAUAAGAAAACAAGAAAAUGCACAUCCAGAGGCAGCGCUUCUAGUGGUCGGUGAUUUUAAUGCAGGGAAACUGAAAUCCGUCUUACCAAAUUUUUACCAGCGUGUCACCUGUGCAACUAGAGGCGAAACAACUCACCUUUACUCCACACACAGAAAUGCAUACAAAGCUCUCUCCCGCCCUCCAUUUGGCAAAUCUGACCAUAACUCUAUCCUCCUGAUUUCUGCUUACAAGCAAAAGAUCAAACAGGAAGUACCAGUGAAGCAUUCAAUACGGAAGUAGUCCGACAAAGCGGAUGCUAAGCUACAGGACUGUUUCGCUAGCACAGACUGGAAUAUGUUCUGGGAUUCAUCCAAUAACAUUGAGGAGUUUACCACAUCAAUUACCGGUUUAAUUAAUAAGUGCAUCGACGAUGACGUCCCCACAGUGACCGUACGUACAUACUGUAUCCCAACAAGAUGCCUUGGAUUACAGGCAACAUCAGCACUGAGCUAAAAGCUAGAUCUGCCGCUUUCAAGGAGCGGGACACUAAUCCGGACUCUUAUAAGAAAUUCUGCUACGACCUCCUACGAGCCAUCAAACAGUCAAUAUAGGACUAAGAUCGAAUCCUACUACGCCGGCUCUGAUGCUCGUCUGAUGUGGCAGGGCUUGCAAACUAUCACGGAUUACAAAGGGAAACCCAGCCGCGAGCUGCCCAGUGACGCAAGCCUACCAGACGAGCUAAAUUCAUUUUAUGCUCGCUUCGAGGCAAGCAACAUUGAACCAUGCAUGAGAGCACCAGUCCGGACGACUGUGUGAUCUCGCUAUCCGUAGCCGAUGUGAGUAAGACCUUUAAAAAGGUUAACAUUCACAAGGCCGCGGGGCCAGAUGGAUUACCAGGAUGCGUACUCAGAGCAUGCACUAACCAGCUGGCAAGUAUCUUCACUGAUAUUUUCAAACUCUCCCUGAACCAAUCUGUUAUAUCUGCAUGUUUCAAGCAGACCACCAUAGUCCCUGUGCCCAAGAACACCAAGGUAACCUGUCUAAAUGACUAUUGCCUCAUAGCCAUGAAAUGAUUUGAAAGGCUGGUUAUAGCUCACAUCAACACCAUUAUCCCAGACACACUGGACCCACUCCAAUUCGCAUACCGCCCCAAAAGAUCCACAGAUGACACAAUCUCUAUUGCACCCCACACUGCCCUUUCUCACCUGGACAAGAGGAACACCUAUGUCAGAAUGCGGUUCAUUGACUAUAGUUCAGCGUUCAACACCAUAGAGCCCUCCAAACUCAGGACCCUGGGAGUGAACACCUCCCUCUGCAUCUGGAUCCUGGACUUCCUGACGGGCCGCUCCCAGGUGGUGAGGGUAGGCAACAACACAUCCGUGCACAACUCCAACACCAUCAAUAAGUGGAGCGGAUCGAGAAUUUCAAGUACCUUGGUGUCCACAUCACUAAGGAUUUAUCAUGGUCCACACACACCAACACAGUUGUGAAGAAGGCAUGACAACGCCUCUUCCCCCUCAGGAGGCUGAAGAGAUUCGGCAUGGACCCUCAGAUCUUCAAAAAGUUCUACAGGUACACCAUUGAGAGCAUCACCGCUUAGUAUGGCAACUGCUUGGCAUCCGACCGCAAGGCGCUACAGAGGGUAGUGCGUACGGCCCAGUACAUCACUUUUUACUGCUGCUCUUUCAUUAUUUGUAACAUUUAUUUCAUUUUAUUUUAUUUCAUAUUUUUUGGUAUAUUUUUUGGGUAUCUUUUCUUAAAACUGCAUUGUUGGUUAAGGGCUUGUAAGUAAGCAUUUCACUGUAAGGUCUACACCUGUUGUAUUCGGCGCAUUUUGAUUUGAUUUGAUCACUGGGGCCGAGCUCCCUGCCAUUCAGGACCUCUAUUCCAGGCGGUGUCAGUGGAAGGCCCUAAAAAUGGUAAAAGACUCCAGCCACCCAACUCCUCUCCUCUUCAGUGCUGACAAGCUGAGUCUUGGGUAGAGUGAUGUACGCACGCAUGCAUGCGCGCACGCGCACACAAACACACACACACACACACACACACAACUGUCAGGCAGACUGGAUCAGCAGGGCACUCUGCGGACCCAGCACAGAGCUUCUCCACUGAUAGCUCUCAGCAAGUCUGAGUGUGUGUGACACAUGGACUGGUGUGUAUGUGUAUGGUUUAUGGUAUGUGCCAGUGUGGUGGUGAGAUCUGUAGUGUACAAUACAGAAUGAAGGAGGGAGGGAGAGAGAGAGGAGAAAGAUAAAAGAGAGAGAGAGAGAGAGAGAGAGAGAGAGAGAGAGAGAGAGAGAGAGAGAGCUAAAGGCAUCCUACUGAGCUGAAGGCCAACUAGAGGUCAUUGUGCCUCUCUCUCUCUCUCUCUCUCUCAAAUCAUAUCAAAUCAACUCUCUCGCGAUUUACUGUACCUUAUCUCAGUGUAGCUAUCACAGUGCUAGUUUGGAUACUGUUAGUGUGUAAAAUCCCAAUUGGGUUUUUGACUGAUGUGCUCCAAUAUCUUGUUAUACUAUAGUACUACUGUAGGCUACUGAACAUGUAGUACAUGUUCAACCAUGUAUUUUCUUCUUGCAACACAAAUGCCACUCUUAGACUUAGAAAAUACUUAAAUACUGAAUCUUGAGGGAACUGCUAAACAUUAAUUGUCCUUAUUUCGAAUCAACAUCAAAGCAUUCCCUUGCUACAGCAAGAAGGAGGAGAGGAAGCAUCACAUAUAUACAGUAGCUAUUUAAAAAAUAUAUACACUACCGUUCAAAGGUUUGGGGUCACUUAGAAAUGUCCUUGUUUUCGAAAUAAAAGCAAUUUGAUUGUCCAUUAAAAUAACAUCAAAUUGAUCAGAAAUACAGUGUAGACACUGUUAAUGUUGUAAAUGGCUAUUGUAGAUGGAAACGGCUGAUUUUUAAUGGAAUAUCUACAUAGGCGUACAGAGGCCCAUUAUCAGCAACCAUCAGUCCUGUGUUCCAACGGCACGUUGUGUUUGCUAAUCCAAGUUUAUCAUUUUAAAUGGCUAAUUGAUCAUUAGAAAAACCUUUUGCAAUUAUGUUAGCACAGCUGAUAACUGUUGUGCUGAUUAAAGAAGCAAUAAAACUGGCCUUCUUGAGACUAGUUGAGUGUCUGGAGCAUCAGGAAUUGUGGGUUCGAUUACAGGUUCAAAAUGGCCAGAAACAAAUAACUUUCUUCUGAAACGCGUCAGUCUAUUCUUGUUCUGAGAAAUGAAGGCUAUUCCAUGCGAGAAAUUGCCAAGAAACUGAAGAUCUCGUUUAUCGCUGUGUACUACUCCCUUCACAGAACAGCGCAAACUGGCUCUAACCAGAAUAGAAAGAGGAGUGGGAGGCCCCGGUGCACAACUGAGCAAGAGGACAAAUACAUUAGAGUGUCUAGUUUGAGAAACAGACGCCUCACAGGUCCUCAACUGGCAGCUUAAUUAAAUAGUACUCGCAAAACACCAGUCUCAAUGUCAACAGUGAAGAGGUGACUCCGGGAUGCUGACCUUCUAGGCAGAGUUGCAAAGAAAAAGCCAUAUCUCAGACUGGCCAAUAAAAAUAAAAGAUUAAGAUGGGCAAAAGAACACAGACACUGGACAGAGGAAGAUUGAAAAAAAGUGUUAUGGACAGACAAAUCGAAGUUUGAGGUGUUCGGAUCACAAAGAAGAACAUUUGUGAGACGCAGACCAAAUGAAAAGAUGCUGGAGGAGUGCUUGAUGCCAUCUGUCAAGCAUAGUGGAGGCAAUGUGAUGGUCUGGGGGUGCUUUGGUGGUGGUAAAGUGGGAGAUUUGUACAGGGUAAAAGGGAUCUUGAAGAAGGAAGGCUAACACUCCAUUUUACAACGCCUUGCCAUACCCUGUGGACGGCGCUUGAUUGAAGCCAAUUUCCUCCUACAACAGGACAAUGACCAAAAGCACAGCUCCAAACUAUACAAUAACUAUUUAGGGAAGAAGCAGUCAGCUGGUAUUCUGUCUAUAAUGGAGUGGCCAGCACAGUCACCGGAUCUCAACCCUAUUGAGCUGUUGUGGGAGCAGCUUGACCGUAAGAAGUGCCCAUCAAGCCAAUCCAACUUGUGGGAGGUGCUUCAGGAAGCAUGGGGUGACAUCUCUUCAGAUUACCUCAACAAAUUAACAACUAGAAUGCCAAAGGUCUGCAAGGCUAUAAUUGCUGCAAAUGGAGGAUUCUUUGAUGAAAGCAAAGUUUGAAGGACACAAUUAUUAUUUCAAUUAAAAAUCAUUAUUUCUAAUGUUUUGCUAUUAAUUUUGCAUGGAAAACUAGGAAAUUUCUAAGUGACCCCAAACUUUUGAACGGUGGUGCAUAUAUAUAUAUAUAUAUACAUAUAUAUAAUCUUUGUAAAUUAUAUCAUCAAUAGGACUGGUGGAGUUAUGUCACACAUGCAGCUAACAAAAAUAUAUGGAAAUGUCUGCUCUACCCAAAAUUACAACCAACUAAUUGCAGCAUUACUGGAAUGGAAGAGACAAGUGGAAGGGGAAAAAGUAAGGAACUUGUCUGUUGGCCCUGCAUUAAAGACCAAAAUUGGUUAAAGAAAAUUGUGAUAAAUAAAAAAGUAUACCAGUUUCAUUUAAGGACCCAAAAAAUUACAGCUGUGCCAGAUAGAUUGCAAAAUAGUUGGGAAGAGAUUUUUGAUGUACUGAUUCCAUGGCACAUGGUUUAUGAACUGAUACACAAAACGACGGCGGAUUCAAAACAUAUAAUCUUUCAAUUUAAAUUAUUAUACAAAAUUCUUGCAACCAAUAGAACGUUAUGUAUAUAUUGGAGAUACAACCAUCCCAACUCUGCCCAACCCAUUUGCUGCGAAGAGACAGAAUCAUUAGAUCAUUUGUUUUGGUACUGCCCAUAUUUAGCUUGUUUUUGGUUGCAGGGCCAGGAAUGGCUGUCACGACUUCUUCCGAAGCUGCCUCCUCUCCUUGUUCGGGCAGGCUUCAGCGUUCGUCGUCACCGGCCUUCUAGCCACUGCCGCUCCUCAUCUCAUCAUUCCAUUUGUUUUGUCUUGUUUUACACACACCUGGUUCAUAUCCCCUCAUCAGUCCCUGUAUAAGUAUUCCCUCUGCCCCCAAUGUCUUUGUGUGUGAUUGUUUCAUGUGGAGGUGUCGAUAAUCGUUAAAUGCUUUAUGUACUGUAUUCGCCGGGAUAUUCACCCGUGUGUUUUGUUUUUCUCCAGUGCGCCGUUAUAAUGGCUGAAGAAUUGCAACAUUUACCGGAACUCUGCAAAUAGCACUGCUGGGUGAUUUUAAAAGUCUCAGUCAAUCAAUCAAUAAUAUAAUAAUACCUUUAGCAAAAAUGUUUAUCUUUAAUUUACAAUCUGUAUAAACUAUGAGAAUAGAAAGGUUCAGACGUUUUGUGAAACAUCACAGCACAGUUAAAACAUAUAUGGCAAAUAGAAGAAAAAAAUGGAUGGUGUUAAAGGAUAGAUGGGAGGGGUUGAGUGGAGCUGAAGGGUGGGACUAAAAGCAACAAGAUAGCUAAUGUAAAAUAUACUGUGUCCGUAAAAUGUAUAUAGGUUCAGAACUUUUUUUGAAACAGCACAGUUAAAAAUAUGUGGCCAAUAGAAAUCAAACUGGAUGGUCUUCAAAGAUAGAUGGGAGGGGUUAAGGGUAGCUGAAGGAUGGGAUUAAAAACAAACAAAAUAUAACUAUUGUAAAAUACAUUGUGUCCGUAAAAUGUAUAUAGUAUGUAUAAGCUGGAAGUAGAAGCCUAAGUGUUGUUGUCCAUUAGUUUACUCGAAUUAGGGGAGGGGUGGUAGGGUUAGGGGAAAAAAUUAAGGAAAUAUAUAUUUUUUAAAGAUAUAUACAGUACCAAUCAGAAGUUUGGACACACCUACUCAUUCCAGGGUUUUUCUUUAUUUUUGCUAUUUUCUACAUUGUAGAAUAAUAGUGAAGACAUCAAAACUAUGAAAUAACACAUAUGGAAUCAUGUAACCAAAUAAGUGUUAAUCAAAAUAUAUUUUAUAUUUGUGAUUCUUCAAAGUAGCCACGCUUUGCUUUGAUGACAGCUUUGCACACUCUUGGCAUUCUCCAACUGUCUUGAAGGAGUUCCCACGUAUGCUGAGCACUUGUUGGCUGCUUUUCCUUCAACCCAAACCAUCUCAAUUGGGUCUAGGUCGGGUGAUUGUGGAGGCCACGCAGGCAAAAAGGACAAUGUCAGAGUUUAAUUCAAUAAGAGAAAAGCUGUGAAAUGGAGAGUUGAAUAUAAAGAGAAGGGAGAACCAGAAAAGUAGUUUGGGAAAGAUUUGGUGAAGUGGUAAACGAGGAUGAUACAUACCAGUGCUGGCUAUGUUAUGUGUGAUGAUUGUGAGGCGCAGUUAGAUACUGUCUGUAGAGGGACUAUCUUGAUCAAGAUCAUAAAAGCUGAUAGUAUUUCAACCACAUAAAAUAUACAUCCAAGCCAAACUGAAAUCUUAUCAGAAACAUGUUGGGUCGUUUUCACAGCUUUCUAUUUCCUUGCAACCGGUGAAACUGAUGUAGUUUGGAAAUUUGGCACAGAAAAUCUUUUCCGUUUUUUUAGAGUUAGGCUAUUGCGUUUUCUUCCCGGUCCCUAAACGUCUUUGCUCAACGAAAGAAGCAGAGAUGACAGAGAAACCUUUACCGAUGUCAACUAGAUUGAAGUAUUCAUUCAAUCAAUCUAUUACAUAAUUCUGGUGAGCCAGGGUUUAUUUAGUCUUCUAUGGCAACAUAUAAUGACAGAAGAGAAGCUGCAUGUAUCGUUAAUUAAAGACAAGUUGACUAACAAAUAGCCUACUAAAAUGUCUGAAAUUAUAAGCAGAAACAUAUCUAAAUCAGACCCCAAAAAAUCCUGCACCCCCUGUCAAUAUAUCAUUCCGCCAUCUCUGACUGUAGCCUACACCGCAUUUUCUAUAUUAGCGGGUUAGGUUCGGGUGCGGGCCUCAGAUUUUCAAUUAAUCACAUAUAGUCGGGUGAUUGCAGAUGAGUUAUUAGCAAUUGCGGGCGGGUGCAGGUGAACAAACAGCUGACCCGCUCACCACGAGUAGAUAUGUAUAGGGGGAAGGUGACUAGGCAUCAAGAUAUACACUGCUCAAAAAAAUUAAGGGAACACUUAAACAACACAAUGUAACUCCAAGUCAAUCACACUUCUGUGAAAUCAAACUGUCCACUUAGGAAGCAACACUGAUUGACAAUAAAUUUCACAUGCUGUUGUGCAAAUGGAAUAGACAACAGGUGGAAAUUAUAGGCAAUUAGCAAGACACCCCCAAUAAAGAAGUGGUUCUGCAGGUGGUGACCACAGACCACUUCUCAGUUCCUAUGCUUCCUGGCUGAUGUUUUGGUCACUUUUGAAUGCUGGCGGUGCUUUCACUCUAGUGGUAGCAUGAGACGGAGUCUACAACCCACACAAGUGGCUCAGGUAGUGCAGCUCAUCCAGGAUGGCACAUCAAUGCGAGCUGUGGCAAGAAGGUUUGCUGUGUCUGUCAGCGUAGUGUCCAGAGCAUGGAGGCGCUACCAGGAGACAGGCCAGUACAUCAGGAGACGUGGAGGAGGCCGUAGGAGGGCAACAACCCAGCAGCAGGACCGCUACCUCCGCCUUUGUGCAAGGAGGAGCAGGAGGAGCACUGCCAGAGCCCUGCAAAAUGACCUCCAGCAGGCCACAAAUGUGCAUGUGUCUGCUCAAACGGUCAGAAACAGACUCCAUGAGGGUGGUAUGAGGGCCCGACGUCCACAGGUGGGGGCUGUGCUUACAGCCCAACACCGUGCAGGACGUUUGGCAUUUGCCAGAGAACACCAAGAUUGGCAAAUUCGCCACUGGCGCCCUGUGCUCUUCACACAUGAAAGCAGGUUCACACUGAGCACAUGUGACAGACGUGACAGAGUCUGGAGACGCCGUGGAGAACGUUCUGCUGCCUGCAACAUCCUCCAGCAUGACCGGUUUGGCGGUGGGUCAGUCAUGGUGUGGGGUGGCAUUUCUUUGGGGGGCCGCACAGCCCUCCAUGUGCUCGCCAGAGGUAGCCUGACUGCCAUUAGGUACCGAGAUGAGAUCCUCAGACCCCUUGUGAGACCAUAUGCUGGUGCGGUUGGCCCUGGGUUCCUCCUAAUGCAAGACAAUGCUGACCUCAUGUGGCUGGAGUGUGUCAGCAGUUCCUGCAAGAGGAAGGCAUUGAUGCUAUGGACCGCCCGUUCCCCAGACCUGAAUCCAAUUGAGCACAUCUGGGACAUCAUGUCUCGCUCCAUCCACCAACGCCACGUUGCACCACAGACUGAGUUGGCGGAUGCUUUAGUCCAGGUCUGGGAGGAGAUCCCUCAGGAGACCAUCCGCCACCUCAUCAGGAGCAUGCCCAGCCAUUGUAGGGAGGUCAUACAGGCACGUGGAGGCCACACACACUACUGAGCCUCAUUUUGACUUGUUUUAAGGACAUUACAUCAAAGUUGGAUCAGCCUGUAGUGUGGUUUUCCACUUUAAUUUUGAGGGUGACUCCAAAUCCAGACCUCCAUGGGUUGAUAAAUUUGAUUUCCAUUGAUAAUUUUUGUGUGAUUUUGUUGUCAGCACAUUCAACUAUGUAAAGAAAAAAGUAUUUAAUAAGAUUAUUUCAUUCAUUCAGAUCCAGGAUGUGUUGUUUAAGUGUUCCCUUUAUUUUUUUGAGCAGUGUAUAAUAAACAGAGUAGCAGCAGCGUAAAUUAUGAUUGUAUUUGAGUGUGUGUGCAUGUGUGUACAGUCAGUAUACAUGUGUGUGCAUGUUAUGUGUGUGUUGGAGUGACAGUGUGCACGAGUGUGUAGAUUCCUGAGUGUGUGCAUAGAAACCGUGCAAAAACCUAACUCAGAUAGUCCAUGUAGCCAUUCUGUUAGCUAUUUAGCAGUCUAAUGGCUUGGGGAUAGAAGAUGUUCAGGAGUCUGUUGGUGUCAGACUUGAUGCACCAGUACCGCUUGCCGUGCGGAAGCAGAGAGGACAGUCUAUGGCUUUGGUGGCUGGAGUCUUUAACGAUUUCUCAUGCCUUCCUUUCACACCGCCUGACAUAGAGAUCCUGGAUGGCAGGGAGCUCGGCCCCAGUGAUGUACUGGGCUGUCCGCACCACCCUCUGUAGCGCCAUGCGAUCGAGGGCGGUGCAGUUGUCAUACCAAGCAGUGAUGCAGCCAGUCAAGAUGCUGUCAAUGGUGCAGCUGUAUAACUUUUUGAGGAUUUGAGAGCCCAUGCCAAACCUUUUCAACUUCCUAAGGGGGAAGAGGCGCUGUCGCACGUUCUUCACGACUGUGCGAGUGUGAGUGGACCAUUUUAAGUCCUUAGUCAUUUGGACUCCGAGCUCUCGAACCCGCUCCAUUGCAGCCCCGUUGAUGUAGCUGCAGUGUACUCCCUGUUCACCCUUUCGAUAGAUGAUCAGUUUUCUCUGUGGCUUUGCACAUGCUUGGUUAACCAAGCAGCAUACAUAUAAUCAAACAGCCACUAUGAGGCUGUAUUGUAGAUUUGACCUGUCAAAAUAAUGUGUGUGUAUGUGUGCCAACCAUGGGUCUCUCUCUCUCUCUCUCUCUCUAGAUAUUUGUUAGAGAAAUUAAGAAAUUCAGAAGGGAAAUUCAGUUACAGUCAACUUCACCCACAGGGCCAUUUCCAUGACUCUGCUGGUGGAGGGCAGCUGUUUGCUUGAAUGAAAAAAUAAUGAAGGCCAGGGCCAGUGGGGGAAGUUGAUUCAGUACACUCUUUAUAGACAGAGAUGAUAUCUGAUUACUCAUCUUCAUAACACACACAAAUACACACACACUUACAAGUACUCAGAGACACACACAUAUGAUUUGCGUGUGCACACUUACACAUGCAACGCACACUGUCAGGCACGCAAGUACACACACACACACACACACACACAAAUAGAGAGCUCUCAGGACAAAUGCACUGUGUCCUAACCUAACUUCUGGAUUGCAUGCGUCUCCUCACAUUUGUUGUUUUGAGACAUGGCACUAGCUGAACGCGCUGGCUGGCUGUUGUCUACUGCCGAGAGAGUAAUGGUGUUGUCUUCAAUUAUUGAUCACUGCUGGUUGGGUUCCUCAAAUAGGCUUGUAAGGGAGCACCUGUCAGGGCAGGAGAAUCCUGGAGGAUCCUGGGUAGGAGGACUGUGGCAGAGAGGCUUCACCCAUUAGGGGAAGAAACAUCCAUGACACUCCACAAACAUUUGGCUGACCCUGGUCCUCGAUCGGCCACAGGGUUGUUAGGGUGGGAGUCCUCCUAUGGCACAUUUCAUGUCCAGUCAGAUUUGACACAGCAGUGAACCCAAGUCAGAUUGAUCUGUGCUAUUUCUGGAGGUUAGUGUUAUGUGUGUCUUGAUUAACGAUGUGGUAACCAAAGAUCUACAAUUUGUUAACAGAAAUUGUAAGAGCAAAGGUUUAAAACCCCAAAACAGAUAUCAAUGCAUUAGGUUAUUAUACAAAUGCUUAACUUACAAACCAAUACAAGUAUAAUGAAUCUGUUCAGUUACAGUAUAUACUGUAGUCUAUAUGGGAAAUCAAAACUGCCUCACUCUCUCGCUAGCUUAUGUAACAGUUCUGAACAUACUGUAUCAAAAUGCAGACUCCAAAUGGCAUGAGUUGUCAGGUUGAAUCGUUUAAUCGAGGCUAGCAGACAAGUCUAGUGGUGUGACAGUGACAGACUGCGUGAGUGCUAUGUGGACUGGAGCAGGAGACUGAUGAUGACGCUACGUUGGAGCUAGCUGCUAGCUCAGAUAGAUGCUCUCCCCUCUCCUUCCCUUCCUCUCUUCCCUUCCCAGGGGGUGACCUUGAGGCCUGUCCUCUGUUAUGGAGGAGGGUGGGGGAGAGUGGGGGAGUGUAUCGCUGCUGAGGGCCUGCUGGAAAUCUGAUCAAGGCUACAGUGUCCCCACCAUUUGAUAUGCCUCUGGGAGGGAGGCUGUUACUGCUACUACUGCUGCUAUGUCUGCUAUUCUCGGAUGCUAGAGAAUACUACUGUACACUUGAUAAUAAUGUCAAUAUAUGCAGUUAUUUAUGCCCUUAUUGAGUGAACCCGUUUGCUCUUUGAUUAUUUUAUAUUGUAUUUUCAGUUGGUACAGUAUAAUAUUUAGAAUUGCGUUAUUAGAUUUUAUGUGUUAUCUAUGACUUGAUAAUUACAGAUAUAUUAAUUUGCUACUAUUUUGAUUUAAAGGGAGUGUAAUCAGCUUAGAUUGAUUUGAUGAGAGAGAAAGACGUCUGUCCAUUAGCUGUGUAUUUGUACUCUCUUUGUGGUUUGAUUGGAAUGGGAGUGCACACACGUCUCCCUUCUGUAUCCCUUGUGGACAUCUUGUGUCUAGUGGGCUUCUGUCCAACCUCCAGAGAGAGAUGCAACGGGAUGACGUGGUGAGAGAGAUGGGGGGGGGGAGAAAAGAGAGAGAGAGAGAGAGUGGUGACAGAAUGCAAUGACAUCAUUGGUUGGAGAGGUAGCAGAUGGACACAUGGAUCUCGCUGUGUCUCUGUGUCUCUGGAGAUGUGGUGCCGAGUAGGCCGCUGAUCUGAUCCAGGAACAGAUGGGCCGUUUGGGCAACAGAGCCUAACCCACCAAAGCUUACCACUCCUGAGGGAUAUCACCCUGUGGUGAAGCAUGGCUCUCUCCCACACAGCUCUAGAGGAGGAUGCAGACUCACCCGCACAGCUCUAGAGGCAGGACUGAGACUCACCCACAGAGCUCUAGAGGCAGGACUGAGACUCACCCACACAGCUAUAGAGGCAGGACUGAGACUCACCCACACAGCUCUAGAGGCAGGAUGCAGACUCACCCGCACAGAUCUAGAGGCAGGAUGCAGACUCACCCACACAGCUCUAGAGACAGGAUGCAGACUCACCCACACAGAUCUAGAGACAUGAUUGAGACUCACCCACACAGCUCUGGAGGCAGGAUGCAGACUCACCCACACAGAUCUAGAGGCAGGAUGCAGACUCACCCGCACAGAUCUAGAGUCAGGAUGCAGACUCACCCACACAGCUCUAGAGUCAGGAUGCAGACUCACCCUCACAGCUCUAGAGGCAGGACUGAGACUCACCCACACAGCUCUAGAGUCAGGACUGAGACUCACCCACACAGCUCUAGAGGCAAGAUGCAGACUCACCCACACAGCUCUAGAGGCAAGAUGCAGACUCACCCACACAGCUCUAGAGGCAGGACUCACCCAGCUAGUUUUGGAGGCAUGACUAAUAAUCACCAAGGCUUCUAGAAGCAGGACUCUCAGACUAUUAGAUUUUCUCUGAGACAACCAAACUCUUUUAAUGCAGGUUAAGAGUCACCCAAACUCACCGUGUGAGCUCUAGUUUAGAGGCAGGACUUUCAGACUCAUCUAGCUCUUUGAGGCAGGACAUUAAGUGUGAUAAAGGCACAGAUAUCUUUUUUUUUUACAUUAAGUUGAUUUGAUUGUUGUUGUUUGUUUUAUACCCAAAUGAUUUAUUUGAACUAUAUAGGCUGUUUUGUUUUGUGUGAUGUUGUAAGACCAACCCAUGACUUUGGAGAUGUUUUUGUUUUCUUUCAGCCAUCAAUGAGUUCCCUGAGGAUAUCUUCACCACCUACCAACGCACCAGAGGAGCUGUCCUGCUGCACAUAUUUGCGGUAGGAGAUUAAUUUUAUGUGUGUUAAACACCAUGUGGUUCAGUAAAUCAGGCAUGUGUUGUCGACUGUGUGUGUGUGUGUGUGUGUGUGUGUGCAUGCUUGCGUAUAUCGGUGCAUGUUUCUAGCGUGCGUGUGUCCAUCCGUGCACUAAUUAGUGGACUAAGAGAUUACCCUGCUGUGUCCUGGGCACUUCAUCCGGGAUAAGUCAUGCAGCUCUCUGACAGACAAUUUUAUGACAAUUAUAAAUAUUCUGUCAGCCUUGUGUCGUUGUGGAUGACCUGUUAUCUUCCUGUCAUGUGAUGUCCUGGGCUGUGCUGUGAACAACACAGGUUGGUUUGUACCCAGAGCCCUAGGCAGGGCCUGUCAUCGCAGCCUUACACAACAAAAGUCACAUCAAACAUGCAUCCUCAGAUGACUCUCCUCUCUCUUUGGCAGGAAAAACAACUUUCUACUUUGUGAGGGCAGGAUAGAGGAUAACAGGACAUGUGUACAGUGAGGCUGAUAUAAUUGCAUAUAUUCUAACUCAGUGUUUUUAUACAGUAGAUUGUUCACUGUGCCCAGGACUAUAUCCUCUCUAACCCUCUCUCUACUCUCUCUCUUUCUUUCUCUUUCUCCCCCCCUCCCUCUCUCUCUCUCUCUCCUCUUUCCUCCCCCCCCCCCCUCCCCUCCCCCUCUCCCCCUCCCCCUCUCUCUCUCGCUCUCUCUCAGGCCCUUUACAUGUUUCUGGCCUUGGCCAUCGUCUGCGAUGACUACUUUGUGAUGUCUUUGGAGAAGAUCUGUGAGGUGGGUGAAUUGGAGUCCCAAUAACAUUCUCCUCUAAACCUCCUUCCUCUCCCUAUUACGCCAGUGAGGUGUUGAUGUGAUGUGUUUGUGUGUUGAUGGUUAAUGUAUGAGGCUUCAGUGUGAGACUGUGCUUCUUCCUUCUGUGUGUCUGUCAGAAACUGGACCUGAGUGAAGACGUGGCAGGAGCUACGUUCAUGGCUGCUGGCAGCUCAGCACCAGAGCUGUUCGCCUCGAUUAUAGGUGAGACAGGCUGUCUGAUACUCCCACACACACUUACACUGUACAAAACCUGCUUAGAUACAUGCAGAUACAUUACCAUCAGUAGUAUGUAGACUGUGUGUUCAAUUCUCCACAUUGUAUAGGUUUCAGAUCAAUGUUGUCAAAGAGGUGAUCAUAUUGGGUUGAUCUCUCUCUCUCUCUCUCUCUCGGAAUAUCUAUCUCUAGCUCUCUAUCUCUCGCUCUAUCAUCUCUCUCUAUCUAUCUCUCUCUAUCUCUCUCUCUCUCUCUCUCUCUCUCUCUCUCUCUCUCUCUACCUCUCCCUCUCUCUCUACCUACUCUCUAUCUCUUCUAUUUAAGGGCUUUAUUGGCAUAUGUUAACAUUGCCAAAGCAAGUGAAGUAGAUAGUAACAAAAGUGAAAUAAACAAUCAAUAAACUAUGUGUCUCUAAUAUGGUCAUACAUUUUGCAGGAUGGUAGGAAGUGCAGCUCAGUUUCCACCUCAUUUUGUGGGCAGUGUGCACAUAGUCUGUCUUCUCUUGAGAGCCAGGUCUGCCUACGGCGGCCUUUCUCAAUAGCAAGGCUAUGCUCACUGAGUCUGUACAUAGUCAAAGCUUUCCUUAAGUUUGGAUCAGUCACAGUGGUCAUGUAUUCUGCCACUGUGUACUCUCUGUUUAGAGCUAAAUAGCAUUUUAGUUUGCUCUGUUUUUUUGUUAAUUCUUUCCAAUGUGUCAAGUAAUUCUCUUUUUGUUUUCUCAUGAUUUGGUUGGGUCUAAUCUCUCUCUCUCUCUAAGGUGUGUUUAUCACUCAUGGAGACGUGGGUGUUGGAACCAUAGUGGGUUCAGCAGUAUUCAACAUUCUAUGCAUCAUCGGUGUGUGCGGAAUCUUCGCUGGACAGGUGUGUGUGUUUGCGUGCGUACGAUCUCCAUGUGCCUCAGUCUGUAUUGUUGCACCCUGCCAGAAGGGGACCAUUGUGUUAAUCACAAAUCACACAUACUGUAUGCUACAACACAUGCUAUGUUAUGCCCAGGGGCGUAGUGCAGUUUUGCGCCAAGCAAGAAGUCUGGGUUUCAUCUAUUUGUUUCCUGCCCGUGAAUUUGAUGGCAAAUCAGUUCUUUCAACAUAGCCAGCUAACAAUGCUAGCAAGCUAGCUAACUAGUUAGCUAGUGUGUUUUGAUUUGAAUACGCCACACUAUUUUCUGGUUGUUUCUACGGUCUCCUAACCCAUGAGGACGACUGCAAUGGAUGGCGAGCUGACAGUGAUGAAUUCAUCGCUCAGUCUGAGGAUUCCUCUGAAGUUUUGUGCGGUUGUCAUAAUUUAGUGAGUGGGAACUUCAUCUCGUACAAGACCUAUGGAGAAGUUGCAGUCAGAUGGCGGGGAAGGCGAGGUGCCGGUGAGACGCCUUGAAUGGAGAGCGAACUGUGCUGCCUGCCUGCCACUGAAGGACCUGCUCAUCUCCCCCUGUUGGCAAACCCCUCCUUCUGCUCAACUGUCACCCCAUCUGUUGGAUGCUUGAAAUUCCCAAAACGUUCAACUCUAGCUGACAGUUGUCAUAGUCCAGACCUACUCUCUGUUAUGUAGCUACAUAUAUACAGUGGGGAGAACAAGUAUUUGAUACACUGCCGAUUUUUGCAGGUUUUCCUACUUACAAAGCAUGUAGAGGUCUGUGAUUUUUAUCAUAGGUACACUUCAACUGUGAGAGACGGAAUCUAAAACAAAAAUCUAGAAAAUCACAUGAUUUUUAAGUAAUUGAUUUUCAUUUUAUUAAAUGACAUAAGUAUUUGAUACAUCAGAAAAGCAGAACUUAAUAUUUGGUACAGAAACCUUUGUUUGCAAUUACAGAGAUCAUACGUUUCAUGUAGGUCUUGACCAGGUUUGCACACACUGCAGCAGGGAUUUUGGCCCACUCCUCCAUACAGACCUUCUCCAGAUCCUUCAGGUUUCGGGGCUGUCAAUGGGCAAUACGGACUUUCAGCUCCCUCCAAAGAUUUUCUAUUGGGUUCAGGUCUGGAGACUGGCUAGGCCACUCCAGGACCUUGAGAUGCUUCUUACGGAGCCACUCCUUAGUUGCCCUGGCUGUGUGUUUUGGGUCGUUGUCAUGCUGGAAGACCCAGCCACGACCCAUCUUCAAUGCUCUUACUGAGGGAAGGAGGUUGUUGGCCAAGAUCUCGCGAUACAUGGCCCCAUCCAUCCUCCCCUCAAUACGGUGCAGUCGUCCUGUCCCCUUUGCAGAAAAGCAUCCCCAAAGAAUGAUGUUUCCACCUCCAUGCUUCAGGGUUGGGAUGGUGUUCUUGGGGUUGUACUCAUCCUUCUUCUUCCUCCAAACACGGCGAGUGGAGUUUAGACCAAAAAGCUCUAUUUUUGUCUCAUCAGACCACAUGACCUUCUCCCAUUACUCCUCUGGAUCAUCCAGAUGGUCAUUGGCAAACUUCAGACGGGCCUGGACAUGUGCUGGCUUGAGCAGGGGGACCUUGCGUGCGCUGCAGGAUUUUAAUCCAUGACGGCGUAGUGUGUUACUAAUGGUUCUUUGAGACUGUGGUCCCAGCUCUCUUCAGGUCAUUGACCAGGUCCUGCCGUGUAGUUCUGGGCUGAUCCCUCACCUUCCUCAUGAUCAUUUAUGCCCCACGAGGUGAGAUCUUGCAUGGAGCCCCAGACCGAGAGUGAUUGACCGUCAUCUUGAACUUCUUCCAUUUUCUAAUAAUUGCGCCAACAGUUGUUGCCUUCUCACCAAGCUGCUUGCCUAUUGUCCUGUAGCCCAUCCCAGCCUUGUGCAGGUCUACAAUUGUAUCCCUGAUGUCCUUACACAGCUCUCUGGUCUUGGCCAUUGUGGAGAGGUUGGAGUCUGUUUGAUUGAGUGUGUGGACAGGUGUCUUUUAUACAGGUAACGAGUUCAAACAGGUGCAGUUAAUACAGGUAAUGAGUGGAGAACAGGAGGGCUUCUUAAAGAAAAACUAACAUAUCUGUGAGAGCCGGAAUUCUUACUGGUUGGUAGAUGAUCAAAUACUUAUGUCAUGCAAUAAAAUGCAAAUUAAUUACUUAAAAAUCAUACAAUGUGAUUUUCUAGAUUUUUGUUUUAGAUUCCGUCUCUCACAGUUGAAGUGUACCUAUGAUAAAAAUUACAGACCUCUACAUGCUUUGUAAAUAGGAAAACCUGCAAAAUCGGCAGUGUAUCAAAUACUUGUUCUCCCCACUGUAUUUUAUUUUCAAGCGCUUUGAGAUUAUUUUUGUAAUGAAAAGCGCUAUAGAAGCUGAAUAAAUUAUUAUUAUUAUGAGGCUAAGGACGUGCACAAAAGGAAUGUGAAAUCUCUCUCUCUCUCUCUCUCUCUCUCUCUCCCUCUCUCUCUCUCUCUCCCCUCUAGGUGGUGUAUCUGACUAAGUUUGCAGUGUUCCGUGACUCGCUCUACUACACUCUGUCUGUGUUGGCAUUGAUUGCAGUGAGUAGCUGAUCAUCUCAUCUCUAGUCUACAUUACAUAAUGAGGCCAUUCAGACUGAUAGAGCCCCCAAUGGCUGUUUAACCUUAAUUUACUAACUGUCUAGGCUACUGGGCUAAUAAAGGGUUGUGGGAAGGAGAUGGUCAAGCAGCUGCUUGUGUGUCUGUGUGUGUGUGCGUGUGUGUUUCUGGGACUCUCUGUAAUAUAGAAAGAACUGGGCCCAUAUCUACAGUUGAAGUCAGAAGUUUACAUACACCUCAGCCAAAUACAUUUAAACUUAGUUUUUCACAAUUCCUGACAUUUAAUCCUAGUAAAACUUCCCUGUCUUAGGUCAGUUAGGAUCACCACUUUAUUUUAAGAAUGUGAAAUGUCAGAAUAAUAGUAGAGAGAAUGAUUUCUUUCAGCUUUUAUUUCUUUCAUCACAUUCCCAGUGGGUCAGAAGUUUACAUACACUCAAUUAGUAUUUGGUAGAAUUGCCUUUAAAUUGUUUAACUUGGGUCAAUAAGUUGGGUGAAUGUUGGCCCAUUCCUCCUGACAGAGCUGGUGUAACUGAGUCAGGUUUGUAGGCCUCCUUGCUCGCACACGCUUUUUCAGUUUUGCCCACACAUUUUCUAUAGGACUGAGGUCAGGGCUUUGUGAUGACCACUCCAAUACCUUGACUUUGUUGUCCUUAAGCCAUUUUUCCACAACUUUGUAAGUAUGCUUGGGGUCAUUGUCCAUUUGGAAGACCCAUUUGUGACCAAGCUUUAACUUCCUGACUGAUGUCUUGAGAUGUUGCUUCAAUAUAUCCAUAUAAUUUUCCUUCCUCAUGAUGCCAUCUAUUUUGUGACGUGCACCAGUCCCUCCUGCAGCUAGGCACCCCCACAGCAUGAUGCUGCCACCCUCGUGCUUCACGGUUGGGAUGCUGUUCUUCGGCUUGCAAGCUUUCCCUUUUUCCUCCAAACAUAAUGAUGGUCAUUAUGGCCAAACAGUUCUAUUUUUGUUUCAUCAGACCAGAGGACAUUUCUCCAAAACGUACGAUCUUUGUCCCCAUGUGCAGUUGCAAACCGUAGUGUAGCUUUUUUAUGGCGGUUUUGGAGCAGUGGCUUCUUCCUUGCUGAGCGGCCUUUCAGGUUAUGUCGAUAUAGGACUCGUUUUACUGUGAAUAUAGAUACUUAUGUACCUGUUUCCUCCAGCAUCUUCACAAGGUCCUUUGCUGUUGUUCUGGGAUUGAUUUGCACUUUUCGCACCAAAGUACGUUCAUCUCUGGGAGACAGAACGCGUCUCCUUCCUGAGCGAUAUGACGGCUUUUGAAGGUAGGCCUUGAAAUACAUCCACAGGUACACCUCCAAUUGAUAAUGUCAAUUAGCAAUAAAUAAUGUCAAUUAGCCUAUCAGAAGCUUCUAAAGCCAUGACAUCAUUUUCUGGAAUUUUCUAAGCUGUUUAAAGGCACAGUCAACUUAGUGUAUGUAAACUUCUGACCGACUGGAAUUGUGAUACAGUGAAUAAUAAUUGAAAUAAUCUGUCUGUAAACAAUUGUUGGAAAAAUUACUUGUGUCAUGCGCAAGGUACAUGUCCUAACCGACUUGCCAAAACUAUAGCUUGUUAACAAGACAUUUGUGGAGUGGUUGAAAAACAAGUUUUAAUGACUCCAACCUAAGUGUAUGUAAACUUCCAACUUCAACUGUAUACACCUGUUCUGAAAGGCCCCAGAGUCUGCAACACCACUAAGCAAGGGGCACCACCAAGCAAGCGGACCCAUGAAGACCAAGGAGCUCUCCAAACAGGUCUUGGACAAAGUUGUGGAGAAGUACAGAUCAGGGUUGGGUUAUAAAAAAAUAUCAGAAACUUUGAACAUCCCACGGAGCACCAUUAAAUCCAGUAUUCAAAAAUGGAAAGAAUAUGGCACCACAACAAACCUGCCAAGAGAGGGCCGCCCACCAAAACUCACGGACCAGGCAAGGAGGGCAUUAAUCAGAGAGGCAACAAAGAGACCAAAGAUAACCCUGAAGGAGCUGCAAAGCUCCACAGCAGAGAUUGGAUUAUCUGUCCAUAGGACCACUUUAAGCCGUACACUCCACAGAGCUGGGCUUUACGGAAGAGUGGCCAGAAAAAAGCCAUUGCUUAAAGAAAAAAAUAAGCAAACACGUUUGGUGUUCGCCAAAAGGCAUGUGGGAGACUCCCCAAACAUAUGGAAGAAGGUACUCUGGUCAGAUGAGACUAAAAUUGAGUUUUUUGGCCAUCAAGAAAAAUGUCUGGCGCAAACCCAACCCUUCUCAUCACCCCGAGAACACCAUCCCCACAGUGAAGCAUGGUGGUGGCAGCAUCAUGCUGUGGGGAUGUUUUUCAUCGGCAGGGACUGGGAAACUGGUCAGAAUUGAAGGAAUGAUGGAUGGCACUAAUUAUAGGGAAUUACUUGAGGGAAACCUGUUUCAGUCUUCCAGAGAUUUGAGACUGGGACGGAGGUUCACUUUCCAGCAGGACAAUGACCCUAAGCAUACUGCUAAAGCAACACUUGAGUGGUUUAAGGGGAAACAUUUAAAUGUCUUGGAAUGGCCUAGUCAAAGCCCAGACCUCAAUCCAAUUGAGAAUCUGUGGUAUGACCAUCCAACUUGAAGGAGCUGGAGCAGUUUUGCCUUGAAGAAUGGGCAGAAAUCCCAGUGGCUAGAUGUGCCAAGUUUAUAGAGACAUACCCCAAGAGACUUGCAGCUGUAAUUGCUGAAAAAGGUGGCUCUACAAAGUAUUGACUUUGGGGGGGGUGAAUAGUUAUGCACGCCCAAGUUUUCAGUUUUUUUUUGUCUUAUUUCUUGUUUGUUUCACGAGAAAAAAUAUUUUGCAUCUUCAAAGUGGUAGGCAUGUUGUGUAAAUCAAAUGAUACAAACCCCCCAAAAAUCCAUUUUAAUUCCAGGUUGUAAGGCAACAAAAUAUGAAAAAUUCCAAGGGGGUGAAUACUUUUGCAAGCCACUGUAGAGGCCCAGCGGCCUGAUAGACAGAUCAUCAUGAGAAUAAGGGAGUACAGAGAGAGAAAGCAGAGGAGAAAGGGAGACCCACAGAGAGAGGGAGACAGAGAGAAAGAGAGGGAGAGAGAGGGGGAGAGAUGGCCUGGAGAUCUCACAGAGACUUCAGAAACUCACUUCAUACUGUGUCAUUGCUUUUAUAGCAAACAGUGUACAGGAAAUGUUUUUUGACUGUGUUACUUUCUCAUAGCAUCUGUCUGACAGUAACUAGACAUACUUGAUGCAUCGCGACUUUCAAGUUUUUCUAAGUUAGAGUUUCGAUAAAAUAUAAAAAUAUGAGUUUCUUGAUAACAAAAAUAAAAGUUGAUGCUCAUCUUCCUAAAAAUAUGUACUGUCUAAUUUAUGUAUUUUUUUGUUAAAAUGUUUCCCUCUUUCAUUUUCUCAGUUCAUCUAUGAUGAGAAGAUAGUGUGGUGAGUACCCUGCUGUGUGUCUCAGCAGUGUGUGUGUGUGUGUGCCUGCAGACAUGUGACUCUACUCUGUCUGUCUCUGCAGGUGGGAGAGCUUAGUGCUGGUAGUGAUGUACUUUGGGUACAUUCUGAUUAUGAAGUGAGUUCCACUGGGACCUGUUCCUUCCUGUCUCAAAGACACACACGCACACACACACACACACACACACACACACACUAGAGCACCUGAGCACACGCAACAAAUAGUAAAAUCCACAUAUAUACUCAUACUUUGCACACACUAAGUUACAUAAACUCUCAACUGAAUAUGUAAAACCUUUUCUCGUUUCUCCCAUCAGAUUUAACACCAGCAUCCAGAACUAUUUCUCAGGGAAGGAAGACAAGAGCUUGGCCAACGGUAACACGGUGAUCAGCAGCGAGCUGGAGGAUGGUAAUGCUUGUUAUGACAGUUACAUAUGGGAUGAUCCAUCCAAGCCGUUACUCUCUCCAGGUAAAGGUAACCAGACAGGCUUUAUGGUCACCUCUCAGCCAACACUGGCACUCUGACCGGCCUUCUAUCAAAACAACUACUCUACUGUAUCUGGUUGUUCUAGAAAACCUAGAAACUACUCUCAGCCCCUACUCUUGGCUCUUCCUAUCUGGUUUAACAGUCCUCUCCACUUUGGCUUGAUGUCAUUCGUACCCCUUUGUAAACUCUUAGCACUGAUCCUUCAAACAGAGUUACAUAAAUAUCUUCUCUAUAACUAUUUUAGACUUCCACCGACUUUCACUGUAUCUUUCACCGAGUGACUCUGAGAGCUCUCCUCUCCUGCCUGGUCUAGUAGAAACAAGCUAACCUCCCUGCUGCCGUGUGGCAGCCCUGUCGCUACUGUAGCGAAGCCUGUCUGUUUAGCCUUACUAAACCUACCUGCCUGCCGUCACCUGGUCUGUCAGCUGUAUCGCUGUGCCGUGUAGUGAUGUGUAAUGUCGUGCUGAGCUGUGCUAUGCUGUGCCCUGUCUCGCCCUCUUCUGCUGUGUCAAGUACAGUCCAUUAUUCCAGAGUCACAACAUGUGCACGCAUGUUGUGUGUGUUUUGGUGUUGGUGCGUGUGUGUGUGUGCGUGGAGACAUUUGUAUGUGUGUGUGACUGUGUGUAUGGUAUGUGUGUGUGACUGUGUGUAUGGUGUGUGUGUGACUGUGGACAGUGCCUUCAGAAAGUAUUCAGACCCCUUGACUUUUUCCACAUUUUGUUACGUUACAGCCUUAUUCUGAAAUUGAUUAAAAAUAUAUAUACACACACACAGAAUACCCCAUAAUGAUGAAGCAAAAACUGUUUUUUAGACAUUUUUGCUAAUUUAUAACAAAUAAAAAACUUAAAUAUUACAUUUACAUAAGUAUUCAGACCCUUUACUCAGUACUUUGUUGAAGCACCUUUGGCAGCGAUUACAGCAUAGAGUCUUCUUGGGUAUGACGCUACAAGCUUGGCACACCUGUAUUUGGGGAGUUUCUCCCAUUCUUCUCUGCAGAUCCUCUCAAGCUCUGUCAGGUUGGAUGGUUGUCCUUCUGGAAGGUUCCACCAUCUCCACAGAGGAACUCUAGAGUCCUGUCAGAGUGACCAUCGGGUUCUUGGUCACCUCCCUGACCAAGGCCCUUCUCCCCUGAUUGCUCAGCGAUUACAGCAUCAAGUCUUCUUGGGUAUGACGCUACAAGCUUGGCACACCUGUAUUUGGGGAGUUUCUCCCAUUCUUCUCUGCAGAUCCUCUCAAGCUCUGUCAGGUUGGAUGGGGAGCGUCGCUGCACAGCUAUUUUCAGGUCUCUCCAGUGAUGUUCGAUCGGGUUCAAGUCCGGGCUCUGGCUGGGCCACUCAAGGACAUUAAGAGACUUGUCCUGAAGCCACUCCUGCGUUGUCUUGGCUGUGUGCUUAGGGUCGUUGUCCUGUUGUAAGGUGAACCUUUGCCUCAGUCUGAAGUCCUGAGCACUCUGGAGCAGGUUUUCAUCAAGGAUCUCUCUGUACUUUGCUCUGUUAAUCUUUGCCUUGAUCCUGACUAGUCUCCCAGUCCCUGCCACUGAAAAACAUCCCCACAGCCUGAUGCUGCCACCACCAUGCUUCACCGUAGGGAUGGUGCCAGGUUUCCUCCAGACGUGACGCUUGGCAUUCAGGCCAAAGAGUUCAAUCUUGGUUUCAUCAGACCAGAGAAUCUUGUUUUUAAUGGUCUGAGAGUCUUUAGGUGCCUUUUGGCAAUCUCCAAGCGGUCUGUCAUGUGCCUUUUACUGAGGAGUUGCAUCUGUCUGGCCACUCUACCAUAAAGGCCUGAUUGGUGGAGUGCUGCAGAGAUGGUUGUCCUUCUGGAAGGUUCUACCAUCUCCACAGAGGAACUCUAGAGCUCUGUCAGAGUGACCAUCGGGUUCUUGGUCACCUCCCUGACCAAGGCCCUUCUCCCCUGAUUGCUCAGUUUGGCCAGGCGGCCAGCUCUAGGAAGUCUUGGUGGUUCCAAACUUCUUCUAUUUAAGAAUGAUGGAGGCCACUGUGUUCUUGGGGACCUUCAAUGCUGCAGAAUUUUUUUGGUACCCUUCCCCAGAUCUGUGCCUCGACACAAUCCUGUCUCGGAGCUCUACGGACAAUUCCUUCGACCUCAUGGCUUGGUUUUUGUGAGAUCAAUUGAAUUUUCCACAGGUGGACUCCAAUCAAGUUGUAGAAACAUCUCAAGGAUGAUCAUUGGAAACAGGAUACAUCUGAGCUCAAUUUCGAGUCUCAUAGCAAAGGGUCUGAAUACUUAUGUAAAUAAGGUAUUUCUGUUUAGUUUUUUUAGAAAUGUGCAAACAUUUCUACAAACCUGUUUUCGCUUUGUCAUUUUGGAGUAUUGUGUGUAGAUUUCAGAGGAUUUUUAAUUAUUUAAUCUAUUUUAGAAUAAGGCUGUAACGUAACAAAAUGUGGAAAAGGGGAAGGGGUCUGAAUACUUUCCAAAGGCACUGUAUAUGUCACACACACACGCUGAAGGUUUUAGUGUGCCUCACUCUGGUGGCUGAUGAUCUCAUCUGACAGUGUCUUCAGGGGGCCUUCAAUGGGCCUUGAACUGGGCUCAGUGGGGCCCAUUCUGCUGUCACACCAACACUUUAAUUACACCUCCUGACAUACUGUAUCUUCUGGCUGUUUCAAGUUUUCAAAUUUCAAGUUUUAAUGUCACGUGCACAAGUACAGUGAAAUGCCUUUCUUGCAAGCUCCAACCCCAACAAUGCAGUAAUCAAUAUCAAUGCAGCACUAAAAAUAACAUAAGGUAGAACAAAAACACAGGAAAUAAAAAUAAGAAAUAAGAAGAACACGAGAAAGUAAGAAGCUGGUGUGUGUUUAAGUGUCUGUGUGUGUCUGUGUGUGUAUGUGUGUGUGUGCAUGCGUUUGUGUGUGUGUGUGUGUGUGUGUUUGUGUGUGGGUGUGCGUGCGUGCGUGAGAGAGAGAGAGUCUGCUGGUCUGGCAUGUGGGUGUAUUAGGCACGUGUGUCUGGCCAUCCUUGAAAAAGGCAUGUCCUUUGUGGUUGUGUAAGAGUAGAACAGCAUGUCUUUUUCUUCUUCUUCUUCUGGUUGGUUGGUGUGUACAGUUAGUCCUACUUGAUGUGUCUGUCUGUGCUCUGUAUCUCACCAUCUCUGUGUAUCUCCAGUGAAGCCCACUAAGAGGUACAGUCGUGGCUCUGUAGUGAUGGUGGAUGAGAUUAUUAACUCCAGCCCUCCUAAUUACCGUUUCCCCGACGCCGGCCUGCGCAUCAUGAUCACCAACCACUUUGGCCCCAAGACACGCCUCCGCAUGGCUAGCCGCCUCAUCAUCAAUGAGGUGGGUGAGGUCACUGGGGUCAGGGGUCAGUCAGGCUUAUUGGAGAGGAGCUCAGUAAAAGUGAUUUACUUAGAAGUUAAGAAAGCUUGGCUAGUUCAGUUAGUUUACUAGUGUACCGGUAGUAAGCUAGGCCUACUGGAGAAAAGUACAUUGUAGGACGAUUUACUAGAAAGCUAGGAGAGGAGAGGAGUACAGUUUAGAGUGAUAAUUAGCCGGUGGACUGCAUGCUUUAAUCAUCCUUGGCACAUCAUAUGAUCACUGUUUGUGUCUGUUUUGGUGAAAAUAUCCUGGGAGAUAUUCAUAAAACUUUACUAGCUCAUAAAGUCACUGUUUACAGAGGGGAAACACAUACAUAUUCCAUGAAGCAUGCGGGCCAGUACAUCAGUUGACUGUGUGUGUGUGUGUCUGUGUGUGCGUGUGUGUGUGAGCAGCAACAGAGGUUGGUGCAGGCGUCUAACGGUGUGGACAACGUGACCAUGGUGAUCACUGAUGGUAAACCUGAGACCUUGGAGAACGGCACCGUACCAGAGGACAAAACUGUUGAGGAAGAGGAGGGAGAAGCCCUGAAUUCACCCUUCACCGUCCCUGGUGAGUGUGUGUGUGUGUGCAUGUAUUUGACCUAGAUAGUUUGUGUGUAUGUAUUGAUAUGUAGGCUACGUGUGCCUUUAAAAAAAAAUAUGUAUGUAAUUCUGUCCUUGAGCUGUUCUUGUCUAUUAAUGUUCUGUAUUAUCUCAUGUUUCAUAUUUUGUGUGGACCCCAGGAAGAGUAGCUGCUGCUUUUGCAACAGCUAAUGGGGAUCCUAAUAAAAUACCAAUGUAUGUUUGUUAUAUAUUUAAUUACAUUUGGCUGGUAGACCAAUAAACUACUUUUACACACCCUACUGAAACUUAACACUCACCUCCUCAGUGUACUCCAUUGGUUGUGAUGAAGCUGUGCUGCUGUUCCUUGUUCCCUCCACAAGGGGGCUGCAUGGAAACAGUGAAGUGGCUGAUCUCCUGGCCCAUCCUGCUGCUACUCUACUUCACUGUGCCAAACUGUGCCAAGCCUCGCUGGGAACGCUUCUUCAUGCUCUCCUUCUUCCUCGCCACCGUGUGGAUCGCUGUCUUCUCCUACUUCAUGGUCUGGAUGGUGAGACACAUUGGAGAUUCUUUAGAACUUACAUGUCACUGUCAUUUUGUGUUCCAAACCAGAGUUGAAAUGGUUUGAACUUUAUACAAAUUAUCAGUGAUGAGACGUCCUGAUAACCAAUCAGUUAGGGAAUCUCUCUCUUCUAGUUGCUAGCUAGCUUUGACACUGUGCUGGAUAUAGGCUACCAACCAAGGUGCAUGCUAUUUGGAAGAUUUCUGUUUAAUCCGUUAAAUGUGUGUCUGUGUGUGCAGGUCACCAUAAUUGGCUCCACUCUGGGCAUCCCUGAUGUGAUUAUGGGAAUCACCUUCCUGGCAGCUGGCACCAGUGUCCCUGACUGUAUCGCUAGCCUCAUCGUUGCUCGGCAGGGUACAUCACUGCACUCUCUUUUUCCCUAUCUCUGUCUCUCUCUCUCUCGCUCUUCAAAAUCUUCUAAAAAAAUGUUGUACCAAUGUACAGUAUACUGUAAAGUCUGUACAGAAUUGUCCAUAUCGUUAUGUCCAUCUCUCUAUAGGUCUUGGGGAUAUGGCGGUUUCCAACACCAUUGGUAGUAAUGUCUUUGAUAUCUUGGUGGGACUGGGGCUCCCCUGGGCGAUACAGACCAUGGCUGUGGACUAUGGCUCUGAGGUAAAGGAAGUACAUCCAGGAACUCAGUCUUUACACUGUUUUCCCCCCAAUGGGCCUAUGUUACUACUGCUUAUCAAUACCUCAUGACUCUUGAUCUUGAUCUAAAAUUCUCUCUCUCUCUCUAGGUGAUGAUCAGUAGCAGAGGGCUGGUGUACUCUGUGGUGCUUCUUCUGGGCUCUGUGUUUCUGACAGUGAGUUAAAGGAGACGUCUCUCUCGCUAUCUUUCUCUCUCUCUCUCUAACACUCCCUCCCUCUGUAUCCUGCAGGUUCUGGGGAUCCAUGUGAAUCAUUGGAAGUUGGACCUUAAGCUGGGUGUGUACGUGCUGGUGAUGUACGUCAUCUUCCUGUGUUUCUCCAUCAUGAUCGAGUACAACGUGUUCACCUUCGUCAAUCUGCCCAUGUGUCUGGAGCAGCUGUAG